CAUUACUUGCUACUGUUUAGCUGGUCAUAAAGUUGAUUUAGUUUGCGUUUGCCGAUUUAAAAGUUACACUGUUGCGAAGAAAAUAUUCUACAAAAAAAACAGUUUUUACGUUUCACAGAUCAACUCAACGAUUUUUAAGUAAUUUUUUUUUGCUGAUUGCUUACGUAGUAAUUUAGAUAGUUAGAUUUACGAUUAUCGCGCUUGCGUCCGAUCCUUCGACAACUUGAAGAAAAUUCUUCAAAUUCCUGAAACUGAUUGCUUACUACGUCGAUCCUUUGAUAUACACUUGCGAUAACAGAUUUACGAUAUUUAUUGCAGAAAUACUACAAAGCAUCACUGACUACAAUAACGGAGGUCAAUGAAGUGUGAAGAGUUCUCUUUCAUAAGCGAUGGGUAAAGUUGCCACUGAGAAGCAGACCUUCUGCAGCUGUUGUCUCAAACCCUUCGAGAAACCCAAGAGGCUUCCAUGUGGUCACUGUGUCUGUGCUCACAGAGACAACCAAAAUUGCGCCGCACAAAUUUUAUCCUCACAAGACCGCGAGUGCCCUGUGACUUCAUGUCGCGAACAAGUGCCCCCCUCCAUAACUAAUGAUAUCAACUCGCUUCCGGACGUGCAAGUAGAUGCAAUGGGACACCCUCUGACUACUCUGGAAGAGAAAGAGAGAGUGGAAAGACAGAACACAUCGAGCACCGCACAAGUGGCGGCGAUGAGCAGCGAAGUGUCAAGAGGACCUCAGAGUAGUAGUCUUGUCGAAGACAUCAACGGGAACACGUUCAAGAAAGUGCUGAUUGUGGGCAAGACAGGGACAGGCAAAAGUAGCCUGUGCAAUGUGGUGGCAGGCAAAGCUCACGACGCAGACCUGUUCCCAGUUUCCGCCGAGGCACAAGGGUGUACCGGCACAACCACCUUUGGCAACGUCUUUUUUAAUGGAAUCAAGGAGACGCCCGUAUCCCUAAUUGAUACAGUGGGCUUCGACGACCCCGAAAGGGAUACGGACGCCACCAUAAUCUCCGACCUCGUGAUCAAACUAAGAACCAAAUGCGAUCAUGUGAACCUCUUUGUAAUAGCUGUGAAUGGACAAGAGCCUCGGCUAGAUGGGAGCCUCAUCGGAAUGAUUCGGAUUUUUGAAGGCAUGUUUGGUGCGAAGUUUUGGUCGCAAGCUGUGAUAGUUUUUACUCGGCUACGCAUGGAUUCCGGAAGCAUUGAAUCACGAAAACGAAUCACCAAACAAACCGACGCUGAUUUGGCGGCCAAAUACAUAAAGUCCGUGCAGGAUAAGUUUCCCAGAGGGAAGGGACUCAAAUACCACAUAAUAGACUCGUGCAGAGACACUAGUAAUCGGGAGGAGGAGGAGGCCUUCCAGAAGGCAAUGCAGGAGCUGUGGAAGAUGGUAGAAAGGGCGCCCCCCCUGAACACAGAAGAUGUGAAGAAGGUGGAGACAGAAUCGAGGAAACUGAAACGGGAAAUAGAAGAGAAGGAAAAGCGGCUGGCAGAAAUGGAGCAGCAGAGAAGAAAGGAGGAAGAACGCAGACAACAGGAGCUGAGAGAGAUGGAAAGACAAUUCUCGCAGCAGAUGGAAACUUUGAAGCGAAAAACUGAAGAAGAUCGUGAUAGAAUGGAGAAGAAACACGUGUCGGAGUUGGCGAAACUGGCCGCGGAAAGAGAGAAGGUUCGGGAAAUGUUAGAGGCGAAAGUUGAGAAGCUGAAACAAGACAUGACCAAUCAGCUGAUGAAGAAACAGGCAGAACACGACAAGUUGCAAAAACAGUUCGACGACCAAAGCAAGAAGGACAAACAGGCGCUUGAUGACAAACUCGAUAGAAUUCAGAAACAGCAAGAGGAGCUGGAGGCGAAGUUGGUAACUGAACAAAACAAUUCCAAGUUGGCGGACCAAAUUGAGCAGCUGAAGUUGCAGCAGCAAAAGAUGGAAGAGCAGUUCAAACGAGAGAGGGAGGAGCAAGAGGCGAAGCUGAAUGCAAAACAGGAGCAGAUUAAGAAGCAGGAGCGGGAAGUGGAGGAGAAGUUUGAGAGACAGAAGGCGGAGGAGAGAAAGAAGUUGGAGGCGAGAGUGGCGGAGGCGGAGGAGAAGUUGAGACAGCAGCAGAGUGUGGCAGCUGCCAAAGCACUGGCAGAGCAGAGACAGAAAGAGGAACUGGCCAACCAAGCUCAGUGGAAGAAGACUGCGGAGACAAUGUUGAGAGGAUCAGAAGGGAAGGGCACACAGAAGACAGCAGAGGAGAUCAUAAAUGCCUUAAUGAAUGCAGACCCUAAGAGCAGUUGGUUCAUCUAUGUCUAUGAUAAAAACGCUGACUAUAGUAUCAAGUGUAAAGAUGGAGUGGGUGAGACAGCAGAGUGGAAAAUGAACAAGACAGAGUACCCCUACAACAUGCACAUCUACACUGUCCCUAACUCAGACUACAACAGAAGAGAUGCAACUGAUGAGGAGAGGGAGAAGGCAGAGAGUGUGAUGAAGAGUGUGUUGUCUGAUAUGGAGAGUGUAGUGGGUAUGACGUCACAGAAGAUGAGGGAUGAGCUCAUCACCCGUCUGGGCAGAAGUGGACUCAAGUGGAUGUAUGUUGGAGUGGGGACAGAAGGUGGAUGUUGGUGUGAUUAUUGUAUUUUGAGUCGCAUUGUUUAUACACGUGGCUCCAUCUACGCUAUUUACAUCUACCUAGGAGACUAAACAUGUAGCACCAGUGGACUACUUCAACCUCACUCCAUUGGAUACUCUAAUACACACUCAUCCACUCUACCAUCCUUCUUCACUCCAUCAACCCAUCUCUCUCUCUCUCUCUCUCUACUCAAGUGCUAUGCUAUAUUCUCAACACAUCGUCACUAUCUCUCAUUUCCAUAUCGCCAUCUCAUGAACUACCACAAUAUAUAACAACACUUUUAAUGUUUUAUGUUUCCCUGUUUUCCCACACACCGCCUUGCCUUGUUCACCAGUUAAGCCAACUUCACAGCCCAUGAAUUAAAUUCAUUUCUAAUUCCUCUCAUUGUCCAAAUUACUUCAAAUUGAUCAAAAUGAAAUGACAUAUGUUUUCAUUAUUGCAGAGAUGUAAUUCAUUUUCUCCAGCAUUAGCCAUCAUUAUUUUAAUAAUAGUCUCAUCACCAUUUUUAAUGUUCAUUUUUUCUGCUCAUAUGCAAUCGCUUUGGAGCUCUGUAAAAUAUAAUCUUUAAUUCAAACCAGGUAAAUUUGUCAAAAUUCAAACUGACUUAUUUUAACGCAAAUAAUUCUUUUCCUUUAAGCCCUGAGAGCAAUUCUGAUUCUAACUGAAAACAUAAUCUCGGGUUGCAAUCAAACAUAGAUAAAUUAAAAAUUCAUUUUCUUCAGCACUAUUACAGAAAAAAAUCAGCUUUGCUCUGAGAUAAAUCAUAAAUUACUGCUUCAGUACCUAAAGUUUUUUUCCCUGUCACUGAUAUGACAUCUGCAACAUUGAUGAUUGGAGAGGAUGAAUUCUGCAAAGUCAGUGUGCAAAUUUCCCAAACAGUACUGGAGAAGAGCCUACUUAUUUCAGCUAUAUAUUCUAUUGCUAAAAACCUAUCUUAAUUUCUAAUUAUAAAUUAGUAUUGGAGGUUUUUGCAGCGCCGGUGAAAACUCCAGUUGAAACUGUUGAAAAAACAAGAGAGAAAAAAACGUCUGAAGUAGCUGCACAAACUAUACCAACAAUUGAAGUUUUUCGUCUA